GCUAAAAAGAAAAAGCAAAUGAAGGACUAGUCUCGUCUGGAGUGCUGAGAAUCUUCCAAAUGCUGACACAGUAAGAAAACACCAAAGAAAUUAAGGAGAAAAGAAACAUCGGCAAUUGUCCCGCUUUUGCAAAGUUGAAUCAGUAAAACUCCAAAAGACUCAACGCCGCGUCGUUAUCUGCCGAUGACCAGACGCGGCUAAAGCUUUUUGACGAUGGUCGAUGGAUGAAGAAGAACAUUCAGAGGUAUUGAUCCACCGUUCAGAGGUUCCUUUGUUUAUCAGAACAGUAGCAUCAGUAUUUCCUAGAUGAGCCGGUUCCGUCUUAUGUUUUCUGAUUCUCCACAAAGAGUGACAAUCUGAAAUUUUCCUCGCGUAUUUUCUGAAUCUGAACAGUGUAGUUUAGCAUUCUGGAUUUCUUCAGUGAUUGGCGUCACUGUGUAGUCUUUUGCAGUGGUUUGUAGGCUUUCUGAUUUUAGAAUUUUUGAAAUCCGGGAUAUUUGUAAAAAUCAAAUUUGGCAGUAAAAUGAUUCCAACUAGUAAUGGGGAAGACUUUACUGCGGUUCAGGAAGAAUCAACCUCAAGUCCGACCCAGUACGUUUAUAAUGGAAACGGAGCUCUGCAUGUUUCAACAUCUCGGAAGGGACUACUGAGUGAUGAAAAUCCUAGAAGAGGUAAUAAGGACAUUUUAUCAAUUAUUCCCAGUAGAUUGCGCUUGGUGAAAAACAGCUCCAGUGGUAAUUUAGCUUCCCCAUCAGCUAAAUUCCGUCAGAUUGCAGAGGAAAAAGAUGAAAUCUCACGUUCUGUACUUUCUUCCAGCCAAGGUUUCCGAGAACGUUUCAGUGGGGUUCUAGCUCAUAAGAUUGAUUGGCAGUCUCUGAGGACAGCCUGUAAAGAAUGGAUUAGGAACCCACUGAACAUGGCCCUUCUUUUAUGGAUAAUCUGUGUUGCCAUUUCAGGAGCAAUCCUUUUUCUCGUUAUGACAGGUAUGUUAAAUGGUCUCCUACGAAAGAAGUCACAAAGAAAUACCUGGUUUGAGGUCAAUAAUCAAAUCCUCAAUGCUCUUUUCACUCUCAUGUGUCUGUAUCAGCACCCAAAGCGAUUCCACCACCUUGUGCUUCUCUGCAGGUGGAAGUCUAAGGACAUCUCUGCGCUCAGAAAAAUAUACUGCAAGAAUGGUACUUACAAGCCAUAUGAAUGGGCCCAUAUGAUGGUGGUAGUUGUGUUACUCCAUUUAAAUUGCUUUGCUCAAUAUGCCUUAUGCGGCCUUAACUUGGGAUACAAACGAUCCAACCGACCUGCUGUGGGUGUCGGUAUCUGUCUCUCUGUUGCGAUUGCUGCUCCAGCAAUAGCAGGUGUAUACUCUAUUGUAAGUCCCCUUGGGAGGGAGUAUGUCUCUGAAGUUGAUGAGGAAGGACAGGUUCAAACUCUUAUUAAUGGCAGCACUAAGCUCAGCCAUCCAAGGAGGAAUUCUAUGGAAAAAAGAUUUUCAUUUGCUUUGAGAAAUGAGCAGAGGAUUGUUGAAUAUGCACCAAAAUGGCAAGGCGGUCUAUUUGAUGUUUGGGACAACAUUUCCAUAGGCUAUCUUUCUCUUUUCUGUUGUUUUUGUGUAUUUGGGUGGAAUAUGGAAAGACUUGGGUUUGGGAAUAUGUAUGUUCAUAUUGCAACUUUUGUCCUCUUUUGCAUGGCUCCAUUUUGGAUAUUCAAUUUGGCUGCCAUCAACAUUGAUGAUGAGAUUGUCAGGGAAGCUUUAGGAUUAACUGGUGUCGUGCUCUGUUUGUUUGGCUUACUCUAUGGCGGAUACUGGAGGAUCCAAAUGAGGAAGAGAUUCAACUUGCCUGCAAAUAACAUUUUUUGUGGAAAACCAGCAGUUGCAGAUUGCGCAGAGUGGCUUUUCUGUUGUUGGUGCGCUCUUGCUCAGGAAGUUAGAACAGCUGAUUUCUAUGAUAUCAUGGAAGAUAAAUUUUGCCAAAAACAGAAGGAUGAGAAUACCCAGCCGCCACUUUCCCCUUUACCGCGUGAAGAUGGUGUAGUUGGAUUCAGAUCCAACCCUAAUUCUUUACCUUGGAACAACUCUAGGUUGUCUAAGCUCAGGACUGAAAACUCCUCAAACUAUCAUCAUAGUCCCAAUGGGCAGCUUCCCAUGGUCCAGGAGUUUUCUGCAGAAGGUCUAGACAAUUUUAUGAAGCCACCUGAUCUUUCAUCCAUGCAGAGAGAAGACUAACCAAAAAACAUGAUCAGAAGAAACUCUUUUCAGGCAUUCAGGAGAGACUCAAAUGCUGUAGCGUUUAUGCUUUUUUCAUGUAGUAUUAGUAUUUACAGUCAAUUCUUUAUCCAAUUUUUUGUUGCACCUUCUU